AUGCCUCCGGUGAAGCCCCUUGUCGCGCGCCCCCCCCUGUCGUUCGUCGAGGCGAAGCGGCAGGAAUUCCGGAAGGGCCAAGCGCCGGCGGCCGACCCCAUCGACCCUUUCUUCAUGGACGCGCCUUUCAGCAAAAUCGGAACCGGGCAUGAAGACAGCACUCGCGGGCAGGUUUGCGCCGUAAAGGUCAACCUCUGCAACCUUCUCUCCUGCGGACUCUGGAAGGCCGCAUGGGGCUGCAACGACAUCAGUAAGACGGCGUACCUUGAGCCCAUCCCACAUUCCAGCUCGAUCGCUCCAUCCGACUACCUGUCUCACGUCACGACGGAUCGCGCCGACGCGUGGCGAAACUACCUCGCCGGAAUCUACGGCAGCGAGCAAGUGGCGGCCUUCCCGCCGUCGGAUGACCACAUCCGCUUUCUGUGGAACACUGGAGACUUCACCAGGCGGUCCGACACCGGCUGCGCUGGAGGCGCAGUUUGCACCCGCGGUCACUGCCCGAUCUGCCUCGAGGCACUGUCCGAUGCGGUGCUGCAAAUGCCGUGCUCGCACCUCUUUCACCUCGAGUGCCUGACGCAGUGGCUGGGCACGCGCAACUCGUGCCCGGUGUGCCGCCACCUGCUGCCGACGGAGGACGAGCCGAUGGCAUGA